UGCUGGUUUAUUUUUUUCAGUGUGUCGUGUGUGUGUGUUUGUUGUUAAACCUCUCAGACACCGCGGUUUUACUCUCUAUCAUGGUUUAUAGCUGCUGUCCGAACUGACUGCUGUCUGCUCUGGUAUGGAGUCCCCAGCCGUGGAUGAUGAUAUCUGUAUCCUGAAGCACGAGACGGCGUACGGGCCGACCGAGAGCCCGGUGUCCGUGUGUGCCGGCGAUGAGUCCGUGGCGUCUCACUUCGCGCUGGUCACGGCGUACGAGGACAUCAAGAAGAGGCUGCGAGACACGGAGAAGGAGAACGGGCUGCUGCGGAGGAGAGUCAAACAGCUGGAAGACAAGCAUUUCCGUCCGGAAGCGCCUCCGUCUGAAGGGCCGCAGUACAUGAACAAAGCCUUCAGCGCGUACCGCGGUAUCUACUUCGAGAAGGAGGACCUGCAGAUGGAGCUGAAUAAAGUGAAAAAGGAGAAAGUGGAUUUAGAGCGUGUUCUGACGGAGCAGCUGCAGGCCAGAGAGCUGGAGCUUCUGCAGCUGAAGUCAGAGAUGGACACGAGACAAGUCAUGAGGAGUCUGACGGAUACAGCGGAUUACUGGCAGGUGGACACAAAGAUCCAGUCGCUGCAGGAGCAGCUGGAGCGCUUACAGAUAGAGAAUAAUGCUCUGCACAAGCUCUGCCGGGCCGGACAGGAUUCCUCUGAAAACUGUGUAGUUCGUGAUGAUCAGUCUCAUGAAGAAAUGACAGACUUCAGGACGAUUGCCAUCGUACAGUCGUAUCAGGACGUCCUCAGUGAAGUGUCACGUUUGCACUCGGCCGUUCGGUCGCAGUCAGACCUGGUGAGGAAGCUGAGAGAGAGGCCAGUGCACAUGCUCAGAAGAGCUGCUUCAACUGUUCCAGUGCAGUGUCUGGACGACGUGGAGAGGACCCGCGAGCCGACGGCCCGUCCUCCCAGCGCGCCUCCGCUGCCCUCGGCCUCACAGGACCCGCAGGAGAACUGCUUGAAGGAUCCGCUGUGGAUCCCGCGUCCGGCUCCUCUGGGCAGCCCCGGCGUGCGGAUCAAUCCCCCUCUGCGGAUGGGCUCGCUGGACGACAGCUCGUGGUCCUUCCCCAGCACUCCGAGACCGAACGACGCGCUCUUCUGGGACCACUCCAAGUCCAAAAGCCCGGCCGCCGAUUGGACCCAACCAUACUGAGUCACAGUCCCGCCACAUGACACCUGACCUGCCUUAACACGCCCCUCUCUGGAUGAUCCCGGAUGAUCAAAUACCUCGAGCUGUGACGUCUGAGGAGCGGAAAACCAAAAGACCUGGAGCUGGACGUGCGUGUGUUUGUCCUCAACAUAUACUUGUGAUUUCACUAUAGUAGAUCCUGUACGCUUCUGUUCCUCUCCUGUGAACGGUGGUUGUAGAGCAGUGAUGGCACACACUCCAUUAUAUUAUACUUCAGUGGAUCAUGUCUUGUAUUAUGAAUGUAUACAGGGAAAGUUUUAGUAGUUCAAGCACUCACACUGGAGGACGAGAGGUUUGUUUCUUUAGGAACACGUCUGUCAUGUGUUUAUGCCCAUACGAUACUGCUGUUCAAAUCCGUUCUUUCAAAGAAAUCAAAGAAAAUGUUUUAGUGUUUAGAUUUAGUCAAUAAAUGAGGGGAACAGGUACAUGUGUAAGCUAUUUUCCUUUAAACAGGAUCCCACGAUCAACCUGGAGAUAUCACAAAAAAUUUAGGAUUGUGAUAUAUAUUUAUAAUCUAACAAUUUCCCUGAUAUAUAUAUAUAUAUAUAUAUAUAUAUAUAUAGUAUAUUAUAUAUUUGUAUAUAUAUAUAUAUAUGUGUGUGUGUGUGUGUGUGUGUGUAUGUACACAUAUAUACACAUACAUACAUAGCUAUAAUAUAUACAUAUACAUAUAUAUGUAUAUAUACACACACAUGCACACAUAUAUAUUCACUAAUAUAUAUUCUAUAUAUUACUUUAUAUAUAUAUAUAUAUAUAUAUAGCAUAUUAUAUAUUUGUGUGUGUGUGUGUGUGUGUGUGUGUUUGUAUGUGUACAUAUAUAUAUAUAUAUAUAUAACACAAAUAUACGCAUAUAUAUGUAUGUGUAUGUGUAUAUGUAUAUAUAUAUAAUAUAUAUAUGUGUGUGUGUGUGUGUGUGUAUAUAUAUGAAUGUAUGUAUAUGUGUGUGUGUGUUUGUAUGUAUGUGUACAUAUAUAUAUAUAUAUAUAUAUAUAUAAACACAAAUAUACACAUAUAUAUGUAUGUGUAUGUGUGUAUAUAUAUAUAUAUAUAUAUAUAUAUAUAGUGUGUGUGUGUGUAUAUGCAUGUGUGUAUAUGUAAAAUAUAUAUACACACAUACAUAUUUUUUUUUUCACUAAUAUAUAUUCUAUACAUUUAUAUAUUAUAAAUAUAUAAAAUAAUUAAAUAUAUAAAUUAUUUAUAUAAUUUUUAAAUAUUUAAACUUAUUUAUAGGGUUAGGGUUAUUAUAUAUAUAUAUUACAGUAUAUAUAUGUGUGUGUGUGUAUAUAUAUAUAUAUAUAUAUAUAUGUAAUAGUGUGUAAUCUAUUCAUAUAUAUCUAUGGAUAUAUAUAUGCUCUUGUGAUUCUUUUGGACACUGAUGUGGGAAUCCUGUUUAAAGUCGGCGUGAAACAAGCCAUUUUAUUUCUGUGAUCUGAUGCGUUUCUGAGUGAAACUGAGGAUUCAUUGUGAAAACUUUUUAUCAUCUGAUCUUUGAAAUCUGAUUUUAUCCAUCCGGAAUUGAUCAGAUGUGAAUUGUGAGAAGAGUUUCUUCUAAAUCUUAUGUGUUGAUGAAGGAUCACAAAAACAACGGCGUAGAAUAACAAACACCGAUGAAUCAGCUUUGAGUUCAUGUUUUAUCAAAUGCUUGUAAAGAAUAUAUGGCCAAAAUUAUAAUGCUAAAUUGAGACAAACUGUUUUAAUAAUGUACAGCGGCUCAAUAAUGACAGACGAGAUCACAGUAAUGACUGCGUUUUGUCCUGUUUAAAGAAACACGUGAAGCACAAAGACGGUAAAGAAUCUAUUGUGUGUGUAUAAAAACUACAGUACAGGCUCGACUGAUGAAAGGAACUGGUUGUCUUGUGUUCAAAAGCUUGUAAUGCAUUUGCUAAUUUGAUUAAUCUACAGAAAACCGUCACAGUCUUCAUCUGCUGACGAGGGUUUGUGUUUCUGUGCCCUGGAAGGUUUUGAGUUUUGAUUUGACAUUGAACAUGUUCCGCUUGACAGAUAUGUGAACCAAAAUGCAAUGUACAGUAGAGUAUUUUUUAGGAUUAUAAAUCCUGAAAAGUUUGUAAAUAUUCAAUAAAUGAAUUCAUGUGAA